CGGCGGUGACGCUUGCCUUUAGGUUUUCUAACAAUCUGUACUGAUUUUGGGACGACCACCGAACCACAAUGACGACCAUUUUUGCCUUCUUCUGUCUUUUGAAAGUAACGUUGGCACUUGCUGCUGAGGUCAACAUUGAGGGAAUUGAAGGAGGAGAUGUUUCAUUCAAAUGCUCUCACAAACUGGCAAACAACAACAAAAAGUACUUCUGCAAGGAUCCAUGUAACAGUAAAGACAUACUGGUUACUGUUUCACCUGGUGAGAAGGCAGAGUCUGGAAGGAUAAAUCUGGUGGAUCAUGAGGACGGUUCCUUCAAGGUUACCAUCAAACAUCUUCAGGUGUCCGACUCACACGUGUACUGGUGCGCAGUGAUUAGGUCCAUGCGCAACACGUUCACAUCUGUAAACCUUACAGUACAUAAAGCAGUGUUAAAGACAACUGUUCCACCAACUGUUUCUUCCCCCUGGUUUCCAGACUCAACCACCUCAACACAGAUGACAAACAGUGUGGGGACAACUACAACCAGAAACAUCUCAAAUGAGAUAAACAGCACCGGCAGUGUAAAUAGCCUUAGCAGCAACCUUGGAAACGCAGAGAAAUGUCAAAACCUCAGCUUCAAGUUUGCUCCAACCACAAAGACCCCGGGAGUAAGGUGACUGAGAUUAAAUGUUGCGGCAAGGGAGGAAAGAGUGAUAAACAUUCAUCGGAGGGAAUAGCUGUCACCAUUGACCACCUACGGCCGACUUCCACUCAAGGACUUUUUCCUCCGAUUUAUGAAAACCUUU